AUGGUCUUCAUUCCUACACUCCUACUUAUGCCACCUCAUCAAUCAAGUCGAGCUCGCUGGCCUGUGACUCCUUCUGCUACACCUAUGCUUACGUCUACUGGCGCUCGGGCGACGGCGCGUGCCGAUGCUCUAACAGCCCCACACCGAUCCAAAGCAUGGUCGGUUCAACCAACCUCGGGGGUUCCUGCCCGUCGGGCCAGUUCAAUGAAGAUCUUUUCACCUUAUGGCAUGUUUCUACAGUGUCUCUCGGCCACCAAUGGCAUUGUCAACCCCUACGUCCAGCAGGAUGUGCCGACCGUCGCGGCAUGCUGGGACCUGUGCGCCUCGCGCCCCGGGCCGCCAGGAUACGCUUCCUACAAAGCCUCCAACGGUAAACUUGAGUGCCAGUGCUUCAGCUCCUUUACGGGCGGUAUGACCAACUGUGGCUCGGGUUCCACAUACGUGUGGCAGUACGGCCCCAACACGGUCGUAUCUAAUAUCCCCCGCCGCCGCCAGCUCGCAGCCCAGCAACAGGCCGCCAUGAUUGCCGAGCAGCACCCGUACUGUCCGCCAGGCCUGUCUGCGUGCCGCGUAAACGGACUGGGCUCCAAUUCGGGAUUUGAAUGCAUCAACCCUCAAACCGAGGUCGAGUCAUGCGGCGGCUGCCUGUAUGGGACUAUGAAGGAUGUGAACAAUGCCACUGGAGUCGACUGCACCGCCCUCGAUGGUACCGCGAAAACAGGGGUGACUUGCAUCCGUGGAGAGUGUCAUGCGUGGCUGUGCAAGAGGGGGUACAAGCUUGUAGACGGCGUCUGCGUUCCUAAGUGA